ACCGCCAUUUGGCGCCCCAGGUAUUGAAUAGACCAACGCAAUUCGCAAGCCGAAGGUGAGAGGUUCCCCAAUUUCUCUGUCGCCCCUCUUUCUCUUCCCCCCAAUUUUCGAGUCUCGUCGGAGCCGACAAUGGCGUCGCAGCCCAGUCACUCCUCCGACAGGGAGGCUGUUCUAAGGAAACAGAACAGAGGACCCCCGUUCAAGUAUUUGGUCCCUCUGGUGUACGCCCCCGUUCUUCCUCUCAUCAGGAUUGGGCUGCGUAAGAAUCCGGUGGUGAGGGACAGACUGUUCACUCUUGUACUAGCUGGGGCGUUCGCUCAUGGGUUCUUCUUGGUAACGGAUCUGUACGACGUCGAGAGCAAGUGAAUCAGCAGGCUGAGAUUGACUGAGAAGCAAGGACAGAACACUACUGCAUAUUCAUCUCGCAAGUUUCAGCAGUCCGGUGAUCUUGGUGCCUUGUAAGUGGCAGGAACUGUCUGCUAUGGUAAAUGAAAUUCAUUUUUGGCAUACGGGGUUGUAACUUGUCUUCUUUCCCUUACAUGAGAAUGACGUUUCUUACGAAUAAUUGAUAUAAGCCAUUUUUCACCUAAUACUCCCCUACUAUAUCUAUAUUACAAUUGCUGGAAAAGUUAGUUGAAGUGUUGCUGUCUGUAUCUUGGUGGGACUUCUCAUCAUGUGCAAUCUAUGGGAAAAUCCGUUCCAACC